AAACUACAUCAUCUACAUUGAAACGGAGGGAGUAUUUUAUUAGCGGCAAUAAUGGCACAGUCUUUCCCAAUGAAGGAUGGUGAAGGUGCCUACAGCAACACCAAAAACUCCCUAUUGCAGGAUACAUGUCUAACCUCUUUGGUGUAUCACUCGCUCUUCUUUAAAGGAAGUGAUACCCUACGAACCGGAGUUGGAAAAACACAACUGAGAAAAGAAAGAGGAUUCACCGAAAAUUUCUUGGGGAAACCUUCAACCCAAGAACACAUGGCAAAGAACGGUGAUGAUAGAGUAGACUUAGCUGCGAGAGAGGCAGCACAACAUAGAGAACAAGCUACAUGGUUAGCAGCUGAAGCAACCCUUCGAGCAGCUGAUGAGACUUUCGAAGAGGAUGGGAGUCGAAGAUUCAAUCUAAAUCGACCCCUGGUUCAAGACUAGUUUUGAAAUGCGUCCCUGUAAUGACCUGGCCAUUCGUUUUGUUUAAUUGCACCAUGUUUUCCUUUUUGAAGCUUCACACAUGAGUGUUUAUGAUUUUAUUACUUGCGGGGUGAGCUAGCUUCAUUCCGGGAAG